AUAUUUUAUUUUCUCAAGCUUCCCUGUUUAUAAUGCGGAUUGGGGACACGUCAUCAUUCAGCGACAAAUGUGUUUCUUGUACACCCAACCACUGUUGAUGUUCUUCAGACACGGUCGGUAUCUGCUGUUUCUGAGCCCUAAUGACAGCCUCCACUCGCAGGACAGUUUUAUCCCUGUACAUGAGGGUGUUCCGCAUCGCCAGAACCUGGCAAGCACAGAGCGGAGUCACAGGUGACACAGAGAUGGAGAGAAAAUACAUCCUUCAGGAGGCCCAGAUGCUUUUCAGACAGAACCAGCAGCUUACAGAUCAAGAAUCAAUAAAGAAGUGUAUAGAAGAAUGUGAAGCAAGGAUAGAAAUAGGUCUUCAUUACAGAAACCCAUAUCCAAGAGCUACUUAUCUUCCACCAAUGGGACUGGCAACUCAGAAAGGCAGGAAGCUGCGAACACAGCAGCGCCUGAGGAAGCAGGCCAAGCCAAUUUACUUACAGUCACAUGAUGAGACCUGAUGCACUCCUUGACAAAGAGUUUAAGUUACCAAGGACAGGAAACCAGAGUGCAGCCACAAGCUGAUCUCAUCGGCUGAUUUGUUGUGAAGCACUCAAUGAUGCAAGAGCAACCAUCAUUCAAGAACAAAGCAUUUUUUCACUGUUCUUUCUUCAUUCUGUGAAACGUGUUCUAACUGUGGCUAAAGAGUGUCCGCCUCUGUUCAGCUCAGGGAGCGUCAGUUUGGAGUGACCUGUCAUAUACGAUCAAGUUGUGUCUUUUAUUUAUUUUUUCUGUAAAGAUGAUUUGUGAAAAAAAAAAAAAACUGUCAUACUCUUUCUAGUCAUGUAGGGAUAAAAGCUGGUGUUUGAAUGGUGUCAAAACGAGACAUGCAAUAAUUUCAAAUAUUUGUUUUCAUCUGUCACUCAAUUGCAAAGAAGCUAAUAAAGUUAUUUUAAGAACCA